UGUCACUGCCCAUCCGGAUAUCAGCUGUGUUUCGGUAAAAUUUGAAAAGUGUGGUUUGAAAUUUAUUUACUGAGUAAAACACUACGUUUCAAUGAUUUUACGUUAAAGUUUAAAAAUGUUUUUGCGCUUCGUAGUGCUUUUUCUUGUUUUGUGUUUGCAAAACGUGGCCUCAGAGUGGAAAAAACCCACAGUUUUCAUUGCUAUUUUGGCCCGAAAUAAAGCUCACACAUUACCUUAUUUCUUAACAACUUUGGAAAAUCUCGAUUAUCCCAAAAAUCGAAUUUCUUUGUGGAUAAGGAGCGACCACAAUAGUGAUAAGACGAUUGAAAUUUUGCGGAAAUGGAUCAAUGCGGUCAAGGAUGAAUAUCAUUUGAUUAGUACCGAUUUUGUUGAAGGGGAUGAAGCUUAUCCUAACGAAAAUGGUCCUGCUCAUUGGACCCAGGAACGAUUUAAUCACGUCAUAGAUUUGAGAGAGUCAUCUUUGAAUUUUGCUAGAAAAAUCUGGGCAGAUUAUUAUUGGACAAUCGAUUGCGACGUUUUUUUAACAAAUCCAAAAACACUAGACAUACUUAUAGCAAAGAACUACACUGUAGUAGCCCCCAUGCUGAAAUCCGACGGAUUAUAUUCAAAUUUCUGGUACGGAAUGACUGAUGAUUACUAUUACCAAAGAACAGAAGACUACAAACCUGUAGUAAACCGCGAAAACGUCGGUUGUUUUAAUGUACCAAUGGUCCACUCUUGCGUCCUCGUCGAUUUGAGGAGACAAAUCUCAGAUUUUCUAACUUAUAAUCCAACGAAAGUGCCAAAUUUUGAUGGUCCCAUUGAUGAUAUCAUCACGUUUGCUAUCGGAGCAAACAGGAGCGGAAUCUCAUUAAAUUUAUGCAACGAUAAACAGUUUGGGUUUGUUAUGGUGCCUUUGGAACAAGAAGAUAACUUAGCAGUUGAUUUCGAACAGUUGACGAAUAUUAAAUUGGAGAUUCUGACUGAGGAGAAACCUCUAAACGUUAGCAAAUUGUUAGAGUUUUAUACGUGGCUUCCCGAAAAAGAUACUCUCGGGUUUGAUAAAAUUUUUAUGAUCAAUUUGCUGCGCCGACCGGAAAGAAGGGAAAGAAUGAGGUUUUGCUUUGACGAACUUGGACUUCAAGUUACAAUUGUUGACGCGGUGGAUGGAAGGGCGUUGAAUGCGAGUAUUUUGCAGCUGAUAUCACCCUUGCCCGAGUAUGCGGACCCUUAUCACAAAAGACCGAUGACACUCGGAGAAAUUGGAUGCUUUUUAAGUCAUUAUAAUAUCUGGAAGGAUAUUGUUCGGAACGGAUAUGAGACUACUCUUGUUUUAGAGGAUGAUAUUAGGUUUGAACCCUUUUUCAGAAGUAAAGUGUUAAAUGUGAUGGCCGACACAAAGCGUGUUUCCGGCUGGGAUUUGGUGUAUUUUGGGCGUAAAAGGUUGCAGGAAGACGAUGAACCGUGGGUGGAAGGGUCAAGUUUGCUAGUCGAGGCAGGUUAUUCCUACUGGACUUUAGGAUAUGUUCUUAGCUUAAAUGGAGCUAAAAAACUUUUAAACGCUGAUCCUCUCUCUCGACUUGUGCCAGUUGACGAGUAUUUACCAAUAUUAUUUGAUAAGCAUCCACAGAUGAGUUGGAAGGGCCAUUUCCCCAAGAGAAAUUUGGUUGCAUUAUCGGCUGCUCCGUUACUAGUCUACCCAACGCAUUAUACGGGAGAACAAGGUUAUAUUAGUGACACCGAGGACUCUAUUAUUAUUAAGGAAAACGAACCUCCUGCUCGCGACGACCUUUGAUGUAGAUUUAUUUACAUGGGAGUUACAUGUUUUUCUGAAUGUUCCUACUAACGACCUCACAUUUUUCAUUAGCUGGCGACAGUGCAAUUUCUUAUUUAUGUGCCAUUUGUUAAUGUCAUUAUGACACUUUUAUUGUUAUUAUGAUAAGCUGCAAGUUGCUUAGAAUAAGUGCCUUAUAACAAUAUUUUAUGUCAAAGUAUUUUAUAACACAAUAAAAGAUAAUAAUACUA